CGCGCCUUCUUCCUCCUCCUCCCCAACAACACCUCCCCCGACAACCACCUCGUGUGCCAAAUAUCCCCAUCUCCUUUUCCUCAACGUCUCUCCGUUUCUUUUCGUAGCCACUUCACGGAUCUCCGCCACUCCUUUCGGGAUCCAUUACACUCCUUCGGCUUGCCCAACUUGCUUUCAAAAAAACAUAUUCACAAUUCACAAAUUCACCCGCACUCGACUCACUCCUUUGAUCGAGCCCAUUACCAUUUUCGCCAAAAUCCAAAUACCCCCCUUCAACACGACCAACAUUCUUCUACAACCUUCAAUUCGCCCUUUGCUGCCAGCUCCAGUAAACCCAUAUUUACAUCCCUUCAACCACCCCUUUACUUCUACUGCCGCCGUUCUAAUCUCGACGUGAUCUGGUCCGUCGACACUUUCGCAAACCUAAACUAAACCUACUCACCACCCCCCUCGUACUCGAUACGACAACCCACCGAAUACUGUUCGGUAAGAACCAAAAGCAGACCUCGGUCGGCGAAGUGCACCUAAAUAUGAUCAACGAUCACUUUGACAGUAUGUCGGAAAUCUCCCAGGAAGACGCGGCCAUCAAGAUGUCGUCGACCCCCAGCCCAACCGCGUCGCACUCAGCGAGCGCAACCUCCGCGUCCCGUAGAGCUCCCCGCAAGAGCACCCUCACCCAACAACAGAAGAACCAGAAACGUCAACGGGCGACACAAGAUCAAUUGGUCACGCUGGAGAUGGAAUUCAACAAAAACCCCACACCCACCGCCACCGUCCGCGAAAGAAUUGCAGAGGAUAUCAACAUGACCGAACGUUCAGUUCAAAUUUGGUUCCAAAAUCGGUAGGUUUUGAAAAAGGGGGGACGAACCAUUGUGAAUAUGAAACUAACCAAUCGCCAGACGCGCUAAGAUAAAGUUGCUGGCCAAGAAGAGCAUUGAGACAGGUGAGGACUGCGAUGCCAUCCCAGAAUCGAUGCGACAGUAUUUAGCAAUUCAAGCUAUGGAAUCUGGAAAAUCCUUGGGCGGUAACUUUCUUGGUCGCUCAGGAUUGAUGCCUUAUGGUGGUGGCGCCAUGAUGAUGGGAGGCGAUCCAAACCAGCAAGGUAAAGUUGGUAGGAGGUAUUCACCCAUUCUUCCAGUUCGCUUGCUGAUACAUUUCUAGUCAUUCACCAUCUUUCAUGCCGUUCCCUUAGUGUUGGUUCAUGGAGACGAGUGGGUCAAAAUGCAAUGGACUUGAUCAUCUUCUACUCCCCAGACAAGGCGACCAUGACCUAUUACAUCAACAAUGACCAAGCUGGCUACAAGAUCGAAUAUCCGUUCGCUUACAUUAAAAAUAUCUUCCUGGAAAACGGCGAUAUGGAUUCUGGAAAGCCCGGCGGUCUUGUAGUGGAGCUCAACCGACCACCCAACUUUUUCAUGGACUCUUCUGGAUCUGGUGGAUUCUUCCAAUGCGGUGAUUUCACGGAGGACCAGCAGGCAUCUCAAAUCAUGGUUCACCACCUCGGAGGCCAUCCAAAGGUACUGAGUGGACAAUUAGCCAAACUUGUCUCACUCGACACCUUUAUGGGUCGUCACAGCUCUUUUGAGCAGCAAUUGUCGGUAUCAGCACCAGUCUCUCCCAGUGGCCACCGCCCAGCAUCCCAGCCAAACUACAAUGCGCAAGCUCAUGUCGGCAUGUUCCAAGAGGGAUGGGGUGUUAACACUACUCCAAACCCUCGGGGACCAGGACACAAGCGACAACGAAGUCGAUCCGUACCCAUGGCCGUCGAUUUCUCCAUGUUCAACAACCCCAUGCCAUCGUUCCUCAUUCAACACCCCAACGAGCCUCAAUCCCAACCUCACACCCCAAAUAUCUUUGCUCCUAUCCCACAACAAGGUACACUAGGACCCAACCUUCGCAUUGACACCUCGACUGGAUAUGGGAUGGACUACCGACAGUACCCAAUGUCUGCAGCAACCACAGCAUCUCCUUCAGAGUUCAACAGUCCGGCGGCCUUCUUCACUCAACCCCCUGAUACAGCGGGUCUUCCAGCUUCUACCUAUGGUAAUGCUCCAUACUCUGUCCCUUACCUUUCGCCAAAUCCAAUGGUCGACAACAAUACUGGAGGAAUGGUCCAACCUGCUACGUCCCCACUUUCUUUCAUGGGCCACGGAGAUCCAGCAAUCGUUGAUCAAUCACCACCAAUGUCCAUGAUGCACCGAAGCAAUUCGGCGGAUGUUUAUGGUAUGUCUCAUGAUGGACAUACCAGCAUCUCCGAUGACGGUACUGGUUUAAAUGAGAUGUAUUCCAAGCACACUUUGAACAUGCCUAUGCACCCUCACUCUCCGGCCUUUCCCGAGCAAUCAGCAGCAGAUAUGGAUAUGAAUCAGCUUGUCUCAUUCGACGAGAACCCCGCCAGUCUUUCACCAGAAAACAUGAACCAAAAAUACGAGUCAUGAUUCCUCGUCCAAGUCCGCGGCCGUCUAAUCGACUCCUGUUCAAGUUCACUAUGUGGUGAAGAAGGUUUAAAUUCUGAAAGCGGCUUAUUUUGAAGGGUGGAAAUAUUGAAGGCGUUGGGUGGUGUUUUUUUCAUUUUGGUUGGUUACCGGUUAUAUACACACAACAUCACGGCCGCGCGUUUCAAUUCUUGCGUGAACUUGGAUUGUUCUAAUAUCUGGUUUCACCCCUCGGCACCGGCUUUGGAUCUUGUUUUCUCCUUUUAUUUUUGCUCUCUACUUUGUUUGUCCAUUUUUUAUGCCACGAACUUGCAUGACGAUUUCUCAAUUCGAUAUAUCAUGCUUGUCUGGCACAGCGAUCGUUUUUUUCCUUUUGAAUUUUUCUCAUCUCCUAUUAUCUCGGCGCGUUCAUUUGUUCUUUUUCGAGUUGCUUUUUUCUCUAACAAUGGAGAGAUCCCCUUCGUAUUGUGUUUAUUAUGUUCUCUUGAGGAGAAUGUUUUGUAGGAAGGGCUGGAUGGACAUAAAUGGAAUUCUGGCGGCUGAGGAUGGGUGCAUCGUAUCAAGCUUUGUACUCGGAGGAUAGUAGUAUUUUGUGAUUUUUGGGGUGGGUUGGAGGUGUAUGGUUGGGGGAAUGGUGCAGAAUGUGGGAACAACUUUGUGCUUGCUUCGGGUUCUUCUGCAUUGUUGUGCGUGCGUCAUGAUAAUCAUGGACGGGCUUAAUAAUGGAAUUUAUUACAAAAAAUAUGAAAUGAAG